AUGACACACCUCAAGGCCUCGACCCACGCAGAGUCCACCUUGGAUAUUUGGAGGCGUCUCCAGAGCCUCAAGGACGGCAAGGACAAGGUCAUCCUCGACGGCGACAACCUCGACAUUGCCUCCCUCAUAGCUGUUGCCCGCUUCGGAGUCAAACCCGAGAUUAGCACCGAUGAGGAGCUCGCCCGCCGCAUCGCCCUGAGCGUUGAUGCUCUCGCAGAGUAUCUGUCCCACGAGUAUGUUGUCUACGGAGUCAACACCGGCUUUGGUGGAAGCGCGGAUGUCCGCACCGAUGACUGGCUCGAGACCCAGAUUGGCCUUCUCCAACACACCCAGAGUGCCAUCAUCACCAUCUUCGACAAGAAUCCGGGUAGCAAUUCUGAGAGGGACCCUUCUCAUGUCAUGCCCCCUGAGUGGGUGAGGGGAGCUAUUCUGGCGCGAGCGAACCAGAAUAUGCGAGGACAAAGCUCUGUUCGGAUGGAGGUGUUGGAGAAGCUGGUCAACCUGCUUCACUAUGAGAUUACCCCCAUGGUUCCCCUCCGAGGCACCAUUUCGGCAUCUGGUGAUCUCAUGCCCAUGUCCUACAUCGCAGGAGCAGUCACAGGCAACCCGGAUGUUUUUGUCCAAGUUGGUCAGGGCAAGUCGGCCAAGGUGAUGCCGUCUUCUGAAGCUCUUCAAAAUAGCGGCCUCUCACCAGGCGGACUCGGUCCCAAGGAGGCAUUGGGUCUCAUCAAUGGCACAGCUCCCUCUGUCUCAGUUGCCAGUCUAGUUCUCCACGACGCACAGCAGCUUGCUGUGCUAGCCCAGAUGUUGACAGCGUUCGCGUCUGAAAGCAUGGGUGGCAACGUUGAGUGGGCAACCCCUUUUAUCCAUGCUGUGCGACCACACCCCGGCCAGAUUGAGGCGGCUGCCAACAUUAGAAGUUUCCUGCGCGGCUCAGAGUUUGUGGUUGGGCUGGAGAACCGAAAGAGAACUGGCGAAGGACUCUGGCAAGAUCGAUACUCGACACGAACGAGCCCUCAAUGGAUUGGACCUUAUCUGGAGGACCUUCUGCUUGCUCAGCGACAGAUUUCUGUUGAACUCAACUCCACAUCGGACAACCCCUUGGUUGAUGCGUCGGAGAAGGACGGCAAAGUCGUGGGAGAGGUGUACUCCGGGGGUAAUUUCCAGGCUGUUGUCGUUACAUCUGCCAUGGACAAGACACGACUCGCCCUGCAGAUGAUUGGGCGAAUGCUUUUCUCCCAAGUCAGCGAAAUCAUCAGCCCCUCGACCAACAAUGGCCUCGAGGCCAACCUUAACGCCAGCGACAAGGAGAAUUUUACCAUGAAGGGUAUCGACGUCAACAUGGCUGCCUACAUGUCUGAACUGGCUGCUCUCGCCCAUCCUGUAUCAUCACACGUCAUGUCGGCUGAGAUGCACAACCAGGGCAUCAACUCGCUUGCCCUGCUUUCAGCCCGACGCACGAUGGAGGCGGUCGAUCUCGUUGCGCACAUGUGUGCUUGUCAUAUUUACGUCUCGUGCCAAGCUGUCGAUCUUCGAGCGAGUCACCGACUUUUCCUGGAAGCCAUUCGAAAGGUACUUUCGGACACAUCUGAGGAUGGACCUUUCUAUGCCUUUGGGCUGGAUGAGCCUGCGGUUGAAAAACUUGCCGAAGCAGUCUUCCCAACUGUUGAGUCAACUUGGUACGAGCGGAAUGCUGGCUCCUGGAAGGACCGUAUUAUACCUACUGUCGACGCCACCAUGGCUCCUGUUACUCAAUUCCUGACGACUGAGGAGCUCAACUGCCCUUUGUCUUGUCUUGCUGUGUUUAGGGCACAGUUCCACAAGUCAGUUGUUGCAACUGCCUCGUCCAUUUUCUACCCCAACAUGGCGAUACGUCCCGUCGACGUGGCCACCAAGCUGGGUGACGGUACUGCUCCGCUGUACACAUGGGUUAGGUCAAAGCUGGGAGUCCCUACGCACUGCGGUAUCGAUGAUGACCCUCUGUUUAAUGCGCAGAAAGGCCUCCCAACAGAGGGCAAGAAGACUAUUGGUAGCUGGGUGAGCAUGGUGUAUGAGAGCUUGAAGAGCGAUCUGAUGGACAUGGUGAUGGAGGGUAUCGAGAGCUCACGGGCAGCACCCCGAACAGAGGAGCAAUAUGAGAAGCUCUGUGCCGAGUUGGACGAAAAGUACUAG